AUGACGUGCGUUCGACGAUUCUCGGCUCGCGACAGAUAUUUUAUUGGCCUGCUUCUGGUGGUAACAUUCGCCUGCGCUUUCGCCGACGCGUUCAACACGACCGGCCUCUCGCCAAACCCGAUUUCAUUCAAGCUCCCGUCGGGAAUCACCAAGAUCCGCGAUAUUAUCGACGACGCGCUCAACCCCGACAAGGACACGUACAACGGCAACGUCUCGACCGCGGGCCGAUGGGGGCAGGCGAUCCGGUCGGGAUGCUCAACGACGUGCAAGACGUCGUCGAGCAAGUGGGAGUGCGGCGUGAUGCACGAGCCAAUCAACGUGUAUCUCAUCUGGUUCGGGCGGUUCAAGGAGAGCCAGAAGAAUAUUAUCCGCAACUUUGUGCGCUCGAUUGGCGACACCACUGACCCCUUGAACACGGUCUCCCAAUGGUGGAACAUCAACCGCCUGUACACGGAUUGCAGCGGUAGACCUGUUUCUCAGGAGGUGAAACUAGCAGGCGACCACCAUUUAAAGCCGCGCAUGCGCUUCCUCUUCAGCAACCUGGCUAUCACCUCGGUAGUCAGACGCGCUCUCAGCGCCAAGGCGUUCCCUACCGACCCGAAUGGGGUUUACUUCGUGAUCACUGAUAGAGGCACAAAGCAGCAAUCGUUGCUAGGCGGCUUCUGCUCGGCCUACUGUGGCUGGCAUUCAUACGACAGCAUCAGGAACCAUGCUCUCAAGCUCGCCUUCAUUGGGCAUCCAGGAAGGUGCCUCCGGGCGUGUGCAGCCCCCUCCAUCUCGCGAAAGGGCGGCAGGAGUCCCAACGGUGACAGGGCAAUGGACGCCAUGGUCUCCAUCCUCGCCCACGAGCUCGCCGAGGCCACCUCUGACCCGUACCUGGGCACGUGGACUGACUCCAGUGGCAUGGAGAAUGCUGACAUCUGUGCCUGGAGCUAUGGCACAGUGGAAACAACGUCUGCUGGAGCGGAGUACAACCUGGUGGGGCUGAAUGGGAUGAAGUUCCUCGUGCAGCAGAACUACCACCCGACUCUAAAGACCUGCCUGGUUACCACCACAGUGUAG